GGGGGAGGGGAGCCCUUGGCGAGACUCGGGCCGUCGGGUUGCGGCCUUCCCACAGUGUCUUGUCUUCACCCUGCCGGGCUCUCGUCUUACGCAACUCACGGCCGGAGAGCUGGCACUUGGUGUGCUCCGGUCACAGCCAUCGCCGUCCUUCCCUGAGGAGCCCGUCCAAACCCUCAGGAAGACUCGCUGUCGCUAGCAGAAACUGAGGCCCGAAGGGCGAGGCUGGCUGUGUCUUGCUCAAGGCCGGUUUGCGGACGCCUAGCCUCCCGGCCCCCAGCUCGAAGACGCGGGCCCGCCGUGGCCCCUGGCCAGGCGCCAGCCACUCUGCAGUGUCCGGGGUCAGGCCGGGGGCGGGGCUUGGCUGGGCUGGUCCAGGAUGCGAGAUCCUGGAGGAAAGAAGCGCGGUGGUGGCCUUUCGGGCGGCCGGCGGGCUGGGCCUCUGGGAACAGGUAACGCUGAGGCGGGCCGUUCAUCUGAGCCAGACGUCAGGCCGCCGGAGGCGAGAUCCCCGGGGGCAGAAUGGACUUCCGAACCCCCGACCUGCUGGAUGCGUGGCUGGAGUCCCCAGAAGAUGUUUUCUCAACAGGGACCUUCCCGGAGCCGGGACUGCACGGCCCAGCUCCGGAGGCCCCGGGGACGAAGCUCCAAGAACAGGGGCUGCGAGGCUGGGAGCCCAGUGGGGGCCGUGGCUGUGGCCUUCGAGACAGUGAGCCUGAAGACUUCCUGAAACUUUUCAUUGACCCCAAUGAAGUGUACUGCUCAGGAGCCUCUGCUAGCAGCGACAGUGGCCAUCCGUCUGAGGACCCUGGCCGUCCAGACAGGCCUCCCGCCCCUCAAGCACCCAGUCCCCCUGCUCUCUAUGAGGUGGUCUAUGAGGCAGGGGCCCUGGAGAGGACGCAGGGGGAAGCUGGGCCAGCUGGAGGGUUCAUCUCUCUCCAGCCAGGUCAGCGGAGCCCACAACUGACGGUGCCUGAUGUCCGCGUGGUCUGCGAGCUGCCCUGUGAUGCUCACGACACCCUGCCCGGAGCAGGCACUGUAAACCCAGUGCCUCCUGCGACCCUGAAGGCACGCAGGGAGCAGCCUUGUGUGAUGGGAAAGACAGGACCCUCCCCCACUGUCCUCUCACCCUCUCCUGUUCUCCACCAGCUGCCCUGUCAGACCUUGUUCCUGACAGAAGAGGAGAAGCGUCUGCUGGGGCAGGAAGGGGUUUUCCUGCCCGCACACCUGCCCCUCACCAAGGCAGAGGAGAGGGUCCUCAAGAAGGUCAGGAGGAAGAUCCGGAACAAGCAGUCAGCUCAGGACAGUCGGCAGCGGAAGAAAGAGUACAUCGAUGGGCUAGAGAGCAGGGCCGCUGCCUGCUCUGCACAGAACCAGGAACUGCAGAAAAAAGUCCAGGAGCUGGAGAGGUGCAACGUCUCCCUGGUAGCUCAGCUCCGCCAGCUGCAGCUGCUGGCUGCCCGGACCUCCGACAAAGCUGCCCAGACCAGCACUUGUGUCGUGAUCCUUCUUUUUUCCCUGGCUCUAAUCAUCCUGCCCAGUGUCAGCCCCUUUCAGGGUCUCCGGGAGGCUGGGCCUGAGGAUUACCAGCCUCAUGGAGUGGUUUCCAGAAAUAUCCUAAGUCACAAGGACAUGACAGAAGGUUUGGAGACCACAGUAGUAGAGUCCAGACCGGGGGGGCCACUUAAGACCAAGGGUGAAAAUGGCUCAACAAGGACACUGCUUGAGAAGAUGGGAGGGAAGACAGGCUCCAAUGGGCACGCAGGAGCUGUGCUGCAUGCAGAAGAGAUGUGAACCCACCUGCUUCCCGGCCACAAGAGGGAAUCCAGGAUCCCUUGUGGCUCUUGUUCCCCCUGGGUUUCCCAUUCAGUAUUCUUUGGCUUCAAGGGUCUGAAUCAUUUCUGGACGUCCUAAGUGUCUGUACCCUGAGGCACAGGCUACAUGACGCAUUUCAAAUACUUUAUACAUCUGCAACUUUAUUUCUUCUUUGGGGUUAGGGUUGAGGGGAAACAGGUUUUGGCUGAGAAAUAAACUUUUUUGCUGAAA